GUAAGCUGGAAUGCAUUGACGUCAGAGGAGGCAGAGCGCGAGAGCAGAAGUGAGCGUGCGAGCACUGCGGAGCCUCGCGCACAUUGGAGAAAAAGAGCUGCGACGCGCGGGCCGCUACUUGCCUCGUCCUUAUCGGACAGCAGGCAUCAUAAUUCAUAAAUAAGCAAUAAUAACGGAAACAUAUCGUACGUUUGCAGAUAUUUGGAAGCGAACAUUUUUAUUUAAUCACCCAAAAGAAACACAGAGGCGAAGCUGAUAAUACUAUUCACAGCGGAUGUUGUUGCCUAAAGACGCAUGAAUCGCCGUAUAUCACUUCAUAUGGUGAUGUCUCAUUAAAUCCCUAGUUUCCAUCAGCAAUCUCUGGUAACAGAGCCUGACCCUGCAACUGUACCUCUACUGCUUGAUCCAAGAUGGCUGCCACCAAAAGCGGUUACGAGGGCAAAAUAGCCGGCUUAUACGACCUAGACCGCACGCUAGGCAAAGGCCAUUUUGCCGUGGUCAAACUAGCCCGCCAUGUUUUUACGGGACAACUAGUGGCCGUCAAAGUCAUUGACAAGACCAAGCUUGACGACUUGGCGACCGGCCACUUGCUUCAAGAAGUCCGCUGCAUGAAACUGGUCCAGCAUCCCAACGUUGUGCGCCUUUACGAAGUCAUCGAUACGCAAACCAAGCUCUACCUCAUCCUGGAGCUGGGCGACGGAGGCGACAUGUACGAUUACAUCUUGCGUCACGAGGGCGGGGUGGCCGAAGACACGGCUAAAGUGCAUUUUGCGCAGAUCGUCCGAGCCAUUGCCUACUGUCACCGACUGCACGUCGUACACAGGGAUCUGAAACCUGAGAAUGUGGUCUUCUUCAGGCAGCAAGGGACAGUGAAGUUAACGGAUUUCGGCUUCAGUAACCACUUUAAGCCCGGGACCAUGUUGAUGACCAGCUGUGGUUCGCUGGCGUACUCCGCCCCAGAAAUACUGCUGGGUGAAGAAUAUGACGCUCCUGCAGUGGAUAUCUGGUCAUUGGGUGUGAUUCUCUACAUGCUGGUGUGUGGACGUCCACCUUUUCAAGAGGCCAAUGACAGCGAGACCCUCAUCAUGAUUAUGGACUGUUGUUACACUGUACCCGACCACAUAUCUCCAGAAUGCAAAGAUUUGAUUUCACGUAUGCUGCAGAGGGAUCCCGCCAAGCGUGUGUCUCUCAAUAACAUAGAGGGCCAUCCUUGGUUGCAGGGCGUCGACCCCUCGCCCGCCGGGUACACGGCUGCCCCGCUCGCCUCUCACCGCAGUUUGUUGCCCGAGGAGCACGAGUUCAUACUGCAGGCUAUGACCAGCGGCAACAUCGCCGAUCGGGACGCCAUCCAGGAAGCCUUGGAGGCUGACAGAUACAACCACAUCACAGCCACAUACUACCUUCUAGGAGAGCGACUUCUCAGAGAAAAACAGGAGCAGUCCAGUCUCACACCUGAACAGAAACGGAGGCCGAUGUCUGAACCCCUGGACUUGGUGAGCCAAAUGCCCCGGGCCGACACACUGAGAGGAGCCCCUCUGGGUCCCUUGGUGCCUCUCGGCUCUCUGUCCUCUGGAUAUACCCGAAAGGGUGUGAGCGAGUCCGGAGACCUAAUGGCUCCCAGAGCAAACCGUCAUGAUAAUUCCUUCAGUGAUUUUUGUAGCCCGGCUCCAUGUUUGACUUUCAGCUUGCGCCCUCUACCUCCCGACCAACCUACUGUCAAGAGCCUUGGAGCCUUACAGCAGAUCUGUGAGGAAGAAGAGGAUGAGGAGGAUGAGAAGAACAAGGGUGAGGUGAAGCCUGAGGUGGUACCCAGAAGUCUUGGUCUGCUUCCUACCACAGAUCUCUCUUCGAAGCCUUCUAGAACAUUACAAUCAGAGACUCGUAGGAGAACCAAUAGGGCAAAAAGUAAGGUGAUGGGAAACUGCGAAACACUAUCUGAGGUGGAGGAACAAGAGGAAGGGGCGGAAGAGGCAGAUAAGAAGAACUAUAUUACUAUAUCCAUUGAACAUGAAAUAGAGAAGCCCAAAAAGGCGGAAGAGAUCAACCACACAGAGCAACCUAGUAGAGCAACAGACCACCCUAGCGUUUCCUUAGAUGCACAUGAUGAAAAACACAACCAAGGUGUGAAAACAGAAGGACCACCACCAUCUCCUAGGUUGGAUGUUGUGCAGUGCUGCUGGGGACAGCGUGAACCUUCUAAGGACAUGUUAGAAAACAACAACAACACCCUAGCCAAACCCAAGUUACUUGAGGUUGGGGUCGUAUCAACCCCUUGUGGUUCUCCAAGGUCAUUACCUAGGAACCAUUGUGUAGACCUAGGUCCAGAUGGCGUAGAGAUGCGUAAAACAGGGGGCGAAGUUGAGAAACCAGAAGAGGAACAGCCCAAACCUCAGAAAGGCCUCCAUGGAUCUAGGGAAACAAGUACAGACCCUACUAUACGGCCCGACCCUAUCAAGGUCAAGAACGUGAACUUGAGAGAACGUCUUUUGCAGUUUCCGCUCUGCGAGAAGGCCUUGUCUUUCAACAUCCAGCCUACGUCUAAAGAAAAGCUUCUUCCAUUCGCGCAGUAUAACUGCUGUCAUGUGUUAUAGAGAAAAGACGAUGAAGAAGAGAAUCAAACUGAUAUCAAAAAAGCCCCCGGAGUUGGGUAAAGGACAUUGUGUCCUCACCUCAUAGUGUAACCUCAGAGGUGCUUUGCGACGAAAUCUACUAAUUGUACAUCUUUAUUUUCUUUCCUAACCCAGCAUUCCUUGCUGCUUCCCUGUAUGACAAUUAACCUCCUAGCAAUGCUGUGUAUAUGAACACCUGUAUCUACUGACACUGCUCACUAUAUUCUGUGCUAUCUCAGAGACUUUCUAGAUCUAGAGUAUGUCUUGACACCAUAGGUGAUUUAAUUCAAUAACUUUUAAACAUUUUUGCACUGUAAUGUCUUCAUCACACUGAAUAUCACUAAGUUUAAAUUUACUUAAACUGGAAGGACCACCCCUUAUGCCGCAUACACACCAAACGCGAAGCAUCGCGUUCCUUGCUCUAGAGUACUCGCGGGAUUUAACAAACUGCGCAAAGACUCAUUUGAGGAGAAUAGCACGUUUUCACGGCAAUCGCGCCACCCAAUUCGCGUCAUUUGCAAGUUUGCAUCUAUUUGCAUUUGUAUAAUCUAAUCGCGCAAAAAGCUAAAUUUUCGUUUUGUGUGUACGCCCCAUUGCAGCGAGACGGGGUGAGCUUACCCAAGAACGAUGAACAAUGGUGAACAAGCAAACCUGAGAGCGUUUAAAGUGAGAUUAAUUCAUAGUUGAUUAAACGUUGAAAUUAUGCUGCGUACACACUAGAAGCGACUUAAAUUAUUUGCAUGAGUAGUUUACGUACAAAGUCAAUGCAGAGACGCAAAUUUGCGCGGAUGAUGCGAAUAACGCAAAAUGGCCGAAGAUGCGCAGAGUGAAAAUAUUUUACGCAUCGAACGCAAUGCUUUUGGUGUGUACACAGCAUAUAGUUCGGUAGUUUGUUGCUUUGUGGGCCGUGACACAAGUUGGUUCCUGGUACUCACCGAAUUUUGAGAAGUUGCAUGUUUUGGCACUGUUGCAGUUGUUUAUGUGCCAGCUAGCACGUUAGCUCAUGCUAGCAUGUUAGCAACUUUACACCCAGUCAGCGGGUCGGGAAGAAGAACAUUUGAUACAGUGAAUGGUGACGGCUUGGGAGCAUGCUAAAUCUGAACAGCUUAGCAUAGCGUCAACAUUUCAUAAGCUGGGGAUUGACCAGGGAAUGAUGCUAAAUAUAUCUGUGAUAUAUUUAAAAGCUAGAUGAUAUCUUGAGCAGAGAUUAUACUUAAAAGACUUUUUAUGAAAUGGAUAUAUAAGGCUGGUUUUCUGGAGAUAUAUAUUUUGGAGUUUGUUUUAAAACUCCCAACUCUAGGAAACGUGAAGCGUUCAACUAUCAGCGUGAAAGCAAAGGGUUUUCGGUAACAUGGUGCAUCACGACGUCGAACAUAUUUUUUUUCUUUCGUCAUCAUCGACAUGCGUUGUAAUGGGGUACGCUCCAUCAUGUACAGUGUGUAUAUAUCUUUUGAAUGUGGUAUGCUAUUGGUAUGUUGUUGUAUGUUAACUCUUACAUCGCAUACAAAGCAUUUAACCCGACCAAGAUAUCGCUCGAAGAAUAGAUUGACAUUUAGUCGGCAUCAUAAAAGUCAUGACCUUUUUUUAGUGUCAUAGCUGUUGUAAAUACAUCCGAGUUGUAUGCUAACAUAGAGCUUAAAAUUCACAUUGAUCCAGCCUUCACGUUGCUAUGGCAUGACUAAAGCUAUAACGUUUUUAGCCUAGGAACAGAUUUAACGUGUUAUAAACCUUUAGAUAACAGAUGUUACUGGCUACUGUAAAUCUGGUACUCCAAAGAACAUCAGUACUGUUUUAUCACAUUCACACGUGUAUAACUUUCUGAGCUACCCGUCACAGAUUCUUAAUGUCAUCAGCUUAGUCACAUAGUCAGUGAAAAUGUUGUGCGUUUAUUUUUAUGUUGCAAAAUGUUGGACCACGUAUAAGCUUGACCAAAAGCACAAGAACAUGAAAUGAAUAGGUGCUUUGGGGACAGAUAAGUGAAAUAUGGACCUGAAAAUUCCCUGAAUUGGUGACCAAAUGCAUAUUGUAAGUAAAUGCAUUGCUGUCGAGAUACUGUAUUGGCCAAAAAUAACAAAAGGUCUGAGAACCCUGAUCUAAUACAGACCGAACUUAAAGCAAUGGAGUGAUGUAAAUUCAUGCUUUUCUUAUGUUUUCAUAAUCAGCAUUUUGUUAUUAUGUUUGAUGUUUUUUUUAUUUGACAUUGGUCUUUAUUUUACCAAGCAGCUGUACACAUUUCAUGACAAGAGUCAGAUUUGGGUUUGUCUGUAGCCCCAUUGACCCUUAACUAAAACUAUGACUGUCUCAAUGAGAUUAAUUUAUUUUUAUAUUUAUUUAUUAAAACGGAUUAAACUGCAAUGUGUGUCAUUGUGUUUUUUUUUAAUGAAAGACUUUGGUACUUCUUUUUCUCAGAGGCAUUCAAUGACAUAGACAGCAUUCAGUGUUACAGCACAUCAAGGGCUAUUAUAUACCACUAGACAUUUGCAUAGCAUUUUUACUGAAGCCACAUGUGGGUAGAUAUUUACAUCGGUAAAAACAGUUGUACAGUUCAGUUUUGAUGAAAUGUAAAACAUAACCAAGGACAAAAUCAGAGUCAUUUCACACAAAACCACAUUGGAUUAAAAAAACAAUGUAAAACGUUUUUUU